GAAGCGUUUCUCCGCGGACGCCAUGUCCCGGGAAUCAAGCAAGGCAUCAUUCAAGGACGCCGCAUCCGAGAAAUCAAGUGCGAAGGUUUCGCAGAAGCCGCAUUUAAACCGUAAAAGUCCGUGGAAACACCUUGGCUACUUGCUGCCGGUGUACCUCUCUCCGUUCCUCUACUAUGGCGGAAAGGGUUACUACCUGUUCACGGUGCUUCUCCCCUUAGGCUGGUGGGCGCUCGGCACACUACCCAGGCCUCUUGUCGGGUUCCUGCCUGUGGUGCUACUGCCGCUGUUCCAACUGGAAGCGGUCGACCAAUUCGCCGCGCGCUACUUUUGCGGCGAUGUGCUCACGGCGGCGGCUCUCUUCUCGCUCGCGCUCCACGCCAAGUCCCUGCUCAGCGUGCUGCUGACGCGGCUGUCGCUCAGCGUGGGCCUCUCGUUCGGCCUGCACGUGCGGUGGCUCUUCUUCAGCGUCUCGCUGCUCGCCUUCCUGGCCGGCCUGGUGCUCUCCGAGGGUGCCGCAGCCGUGCUGUUCGCAAGCCUCGUCGACACCGUGAUGCGCAUCGGCCACGAGGACGCUGCGCGCAUAUUCGCCCUUCAAACUUUGGGGCCUGCCCGACGCAGCACCUCAUCCGCGAGCGCGGAGCAGUCGACCGUCAGCGGCAGCUCGAGGUACUACAGCAGCACUGACGUGCGGAGCGGCAGCAGCAUCCGGGGAACCGCUGAUGCGCGCAGCUCCCUGCAGCAAGAACAGGUGGAGCCACCCGGCCCCCUUCAUCGAGAGGAGGGGGCCACAGCCGGUGAACAGCAGCGCAAUGCGGCGCUCGAUUCGGCAGCAGCCGGCUCAGUGCUCGAUGACCGAAAAUCGCUGAAGCGCCGCAGGGCCAGCAUCAGCCUGGAUGCAGGUCAGCAAGAUCGCGAGUCUAGCCUCGCGCUCAACGAAAUCGAGGGACAGCGGCGAAGCCGCGACGUUUCGAUGAAGGACGACAAGAAGAGGAAGAGGCUUCCGUCGGUGGUGUUUGCCACUGCUUUGGAGGAGCAGGCAAGCUCAAGCGAUUUCAGACACCGACCGGCAAAGCAACCACCAGGGUCAGAGCGGCGCCGACCCUCCAUUCUCAAGGACACUUCUCGGUAUUAUGAGGUCGGCGCCAACAGGUCGGUGCUUCCCAAGGUUGCCAGCGACUCGAAUCCUGCCACUUCAGGAAUGCCCUUCGCAGAACAGUCAAGUUCGAUGGCGCAAACCGGCCCCGCGUGCUUUCUUACGUCAGGCGACAUCAGCCCGCAUCGCGGCUUCAGGAGGCAUUCUUCGAAAUCAUCGGACUCUCUUGCGGAGGAUGACGCAUGCAGUAUGAUCCUGGACAAAGAAGUCCAAGAACGGGUCUACGAAGCUCUGCGACGCACGUUCCUGGUGGGUCCCACGCUGGUAAUUAUCUCGGUCACCUCCACCAGCUGCUUCCAGUAUCCGGCAUGGUUGGCACUCAGCGCACACUUUAGCAUUACACCGAUGUCACUGUGGCACUGGACCCUGGUCACCUUUCCAAGCUGCGUGCUGUCAUCUGCGAUAGGCCUGCUCUACGUCUACGUCUUCAUGUUCAAGCAGUACGAGUACGUGCUGAUUCCGGAAUUGCAUUUACGAAUACUGCGGCACAUGGCGAGGCGUCUCAAGAACAUGAAGCCCGCCAGAAACAGCGAGCUGCUCUACACGGUAUUUCUCGCCAGCUAUGGGGGCUUUUACCUUAUGGCUCGGAUGGCAGGCGCUGAACACGAGGACGCGCAGCUGUGCGUGCUGUCCAGCAUGGUGAUCGUGACGUCGGCCGUGACGCUUGAGCAGCGGCAGACGGGAAAAGAAGCAGGAGCCACCGACUGCUGGGGUCCGUUCCCGUGGCACGUGGUUCUGCUGUUCGGAGCCGUCCAGGUCAUCAGCAACGUCCUUGAGGUGGCGAAACCUGCGCUUAUGCCUCUCAUGGAGAAAGGAUGA